CUGUUUCUACAAUCGCUGCCACUACUUUAAGAACACCCUAAAACCCUACACAACCCAUAAAUAUUUAAACCUGGAUCAGCAUGUGGCCUGGCUCCGAGCGAGGCAGCUCGCGGGCACUGGAGAUCAUCCCAACGAGUCAGCAGAAUGCCGGCGGUAGUAGUCAACAGGAGACGCUGGCCGAUAUCGAGCAUAUAUCCACCAUAGCUGGAUCGCUGGCCUCCAUAGGAUCCAUAUCGCACACACAAAUGAGAUAUCAAUGUACAAAUGAUGCUGGCUAUGAUACGGAACACACCUCCCUAAACUCAGACUUUGAUGAGGCUGAACUGCGAAGGGAGUUGCUGAGAGAUAAAUGGAAACUCCUCUUUGAUAUGUUUGAUCCUGAAGGUUUUGGUGAAAUAUGCGUCACGGAAUUCCUAUUGGCCCUCACAUCGCCGGAAUUUCUAUCCCAAGUGCCUAUGAACAAGCGGGAGCUGCUGCUGGAGCGCGCUAAGAAGGCCCAAAUGCCCACUGGGCCGGGCUAUGUAACGUUUCAGGACUUUGUCAAUGUGAUGAGCGGCAAGCGAACGCGCAGCUUUAAAUGUGCCGUCCAUCAUCGGGAUCGCGAGGUCUGCUCUGAGAACGAUUUUCAGCUGGUGCUGAGCGAACCGCCGCUCUUUCGAAAGAUGGUGCAUGCUGUGGCCAUGGAAAUCCUCCCCGAAGAGCGGGAUCGCAAGUAUUAUGCAGAUCGAUACACCUGCUGUCCACCGCCCUUCUUCAUUAUCCUUGUGACAGUCGUGGAGUUGGGUUUCUUUGUGUAUCACACGAUGGUCACGGGCGAGGCGGCACCACGAGGACCCAUACCCACCGAUUCGAUGUUCAUCUACCGACCGGACAAGCGGCACGAGAUCUGGCGGUUUCUCUGCUACAUGGUGCUGCACGCUGGAUGGCUGCAUUUGGGCUUCAAUGUGGCCGUGCAGCUGCUGUUCGGCCUGCCGCUGGAGAUGGUCCAUGGGUCGACGAGGAUCGGCUGCAUUUACUUCUCGGGCGUGCUGGCUGGAUCGCUGGGCACCAGCAUCUUCGAUCCGGAAGUGUAUCUGGUGGGCGCCAGUGGCGGUGUCUACGCUCUGUUGGCCGCCCAUCUGGCGAAUGUUCUGCUCAACUAUCACCAAAUGCGAUAUGGAGUGGUACGACUGCUGCAUAUAUUAGUUUUUGUUUCAUUUGAUUUUGGUUUCGCCAUCUAUGCGCGUUAUGCCGGCGAGGAUGUGAUGCUGUCGAGUGCCGCCGUUAGUGAAGUACAGCAUGUCACAGAUUCCACGGAAACUGUGGCCGCCGUCUCCUUUGUGGCCCAUCUGGCGGGUGCUGUGGCGGGCCUCACCAUCGGGCUGCUGGUGCUGAAGAGUUUCGAGCAGAAGCUGCACGAGAAUCUCCUCUGGUGGAUUGCCCUUGGCUCCUACUCGGCCCUGGUGGUCUUUGCCAUUGCCUUCAACAUACUGCAUGGCUUUGCUUUGUUUAAUAUGCGCAUGGAGAAGAUACGCGUCACGGAGACGUACUUCAGCGACUUUCAGGUGUGAGAGGGAUUGAAGAUCCCUGGAACCUGGAUUCAUGCUGGAUCCUGCUUUGUUUUUCGUAUUUUUGGUUACAUUUUUGGAUCAUUUCUGUUUCAUUUGUGUUCCGUUGGAGUUUUUAUUGUUUUUCGAACGGCGAUUAAGUUUCCAGUUUUUCCAGUUUAAUUGUUUUUGUAAUGUGCGUAUCUGCAUCAAUCAGAUAUAUCGAGCACUAUAUAUCUAUAUAUAUAUAUUUAUUAUAUAUAGGGGACAAAUCGUGUCGUGUAAUCAUUAUAUUAUGUUCUGUUUUUGAUAGUUAAGUACAAAGAAUCGAUGGAAAAAGUAUCAGAAUCAUUGAAACGAGAGAUAUUUACAACAAAUCGAACUGAUUAGGUGUAACAAAAUGCUCAAGGAAUUCGAUAUAUAUGUAGGUAUAUCUAUAAAUGCAAGACUUUCUAGGGAAUAAUGCCAUCAAGGAAUCAAUUUAAGCUGAACAAAAAUAAAUAUAGAUGCCGAUAUUGGCAAUGCAAUAUUUAUACGAAAUUCGUACAGGCCUUAAUACACACACACAUUGAUAUGAUGAUAAUUCCUACCUCAGCAUAAAAAUAUAGCUUACAAAAGUAUGAUUUAAUUGGUUUCAAUUUGAUAUAGCCGCAACACUGCCAGAUUUUGUGGAUAAAUUAAGGGACUAGGCACCAAACCAAUCGAUAUUUGCAUAGAUAUAUACACCUUUUGUAUUUACAAUGUUUGUUGUACUUGUAAAUAAAUUGAAUAAAAUCGGCCAUUAUUUUCA